GACCCGAAAUAUUUCUCAAAUCCGGUGGAAACCAGUGGCUCGCGUCCGCGCCCCUCCGUCCCUUCUCUUCUUUGCACCCGUCUAUGUCCCGAGGUUUCUCAGAUCCGGCAGCGUAGAUCUCCGAUGAAGCUACGAGACGCAGUAUGCAGUCGCCGGGCGACGGACACCAGGUGACCAAGUCAAUGGCUCCCUUCCUCCCUAGUUCGUGGGACUCGCUCGGGCACCCCUCCCACCCAAAUUGCCGUCCCAAUCUCUCUCAGAUCCUGUCUCCUCUGUCUCAAUCUCUCUCAGAUCCGGUCGCUCCCAGGGGCCGCAAAUCCAGGUUUGGAGUUAUGCGUCGCCACACCAGUUCUGGCUCUUUCUGUUCAUUUGCUGGAUGGAAAGAGCAGUUGCGAUUCUGUCAAGGGCAAUGGUGUAGAACUGUACAUAAUAACAGAGCAUGGCUAUUGAUGUUAUUGAUAUUUGGCAUGAUAUACGAUCAAAUUGCUAACCAAGGUUUGAAGUUUGGGGGUCUAUAUAAUCAAUAUGUAGUAAAAAACCAUGCGUGCUUGUUACGACAAGUUCUGUGCAGUUGUCUUAGAACUAUAGUUGGUCACAUUUCAAAAACCAUAGUUGAAGGUAGCACUUCUGUGUGUGUAGUCUUAGAAAAGUUGAUGUUAAAUGGAUCUGAGAGCUACUUUGAUGAUUCAGAUGUAAACCUGUAUCUAUAAUUGAUCAGACGUGUAUGUGUAAUUGUUAUGUUUA